AUGACUCGCAGAAUUACAAAAGAGCAAAGGCUUAGAAAAAGACAUGUGCGACAGCGAAAUGAACGGAGAAUCAGUUUGAUGCAUAAGGCUUACAAAUAUGGUACCAUUUGCCACGCAGACAUCUUUUUGGGUAUCAGACUUAAAGAGAACGGCCAUGUGUUCACAUUCCAGUCUGACAGAUUGGGCUUUUGGUCGCCGAUGACCACACAUCUUAAAUCCUACUUUCCUGUACCGUUUUGCAUGACAUCCGACGAUUUUGAAAAGCCAACAGAGCUAGUACAGACCAAGCCCAAUCAUCUUGAGAUGGAACUCUCAAGGCAUUCGCUUUUCUCACCAGUCGAAUAG